AGGUGGAAGCACACGGACAGUUAGACAUUUUUGUUUUGUGCAUACUCUCAUUCUGCGCUGGAUAGUUUACACCGCGACAACGUACAGCCCUCGGUAUAGGGGAAAUAUUUUCAUUCAAAUUUUUAACUCUACUGCCUAGUACUUAUUCCAUGGCACUUGUUUACUUACUGCAAAAUUAGAUAGUUCGGUGAUGAUAGCCAUUAGUAGAUGUAUUUCCAUCAUCGUUCGCAUUCCGUUGUGAGCUUCGAAUAUCUCCGUCGUCGCGACACGCAAGUGAAAUCGUUUGCUGUAAUAUGCUGCAGUCAAUACCGUUUUCAGUGAAAUGAAAAUCGAUUUGGGGUGAAGCCUUGUGAUAAAAUUUCGAUUCUGGAAAAGAUACCCAUGUGAAUAAAAGGUGUCCAAUGGGAGUGCAAAGAAAUUCAUCGAGGAUGUAACCAUACAAGUGUUGAAGUGCGAGAAGAAUUGAUAUUAAAAAUUGAGUGAAGUUGAGCUAUAUUACAUCAACAGCCAUUUUCGUGAUAGCUUCAAAUUAUAGGAAAAUUUCAAAUGAUUGAAAUCUGGUGUGUCCAUGAAAUGCUAUAUGAGAAGCAUUCACUGUAGAAAAUAGUUUAAAGUGAUCAGCUUGUAACAAAACAAUAGUUCAGUGUUUCGUUCGAGAAGCUUAUUUCCGAUAAAUCCUUCAAAGUGGAACAUCCUAGUAUGAAAACCCGUCUCACGACACUAACAUGGCGAGGUUCGGCAUCCGUGGAUCCCAGGUUCUCGGCAUCGAUGCUGCCCUGGUCCAUCGCAGAUAUCAGGAACCACGAGAGUUAUGUAACGCUCUCAAUCGGCAUUGAGAACGGACACCUCGAAGCUUACAACACAGAUUUUGAGCUUCAGUUUGUUCAUCAGCUGAAAUACAUCCUAGGAUAUUGCAGAGUUAUCGUCAAACAGGACAAAGGGAAGAAAAAUUCCGAUUUUUUGAUACCGAAAUCUAGCAGUACUCGGCCGUUGCCAAUCACAAUUGGAAACGAUAACGUUGCCGAGAUUUACGGACCGGAAUAUGGCUUAAUCUACUUGUUGAAAACACCGCAGGAUCCACUGUUGCACAUUCAUCUGUUUGAGUGCGACAAAUACGAGCAGAUGGCGGAGCUAAUGCAGCAAAUGCGUGAUCCUGCCUCAAUCGGCGGCGGAUCCGUUGGCAGUAUACCGCAGAGCAUCGUGUCAUCCAGUGCAAACUCGAACGACAUUCACCGGGCAUUGCGUGGCCAGGGAAUCCAUUCAACGCCAGCAUCGAACCUGAAACUGUCCGAACAAAUGCGGAACGCGCAACACGACAGCAGUCCCACACUGAAUCAUCAUCAGAACGGGACCGUUAGUGGCGCUGCUAUCGGGCAACAGGCCGGAUCACAAAGCCGUCUGUCCGCCUCGAAGAGCUACUCCGGAGGCCUGAACCACUCUGCCAGCGGUGGACACAUGCAAAAUAGUAGCAGCGUUUCGUCCAGCUUGUCCUCUCUGCCGGAUAUUUCAGCAAAUAAUUCGCAGUUUUUCGAAGUGCUUUACGUGGGCAAAAUCAAAGUUUCUCAUAAGCGGGUACCGUUCACCUUCAUCGAUGACGCGUUGCCCAAGUUUAAGGCGUACGACGCACAGAAGAUCAAGCAGCAGCUGGAGGCGACGCGCAAGAGUGACGACACACAGACCGGUGAAGGUGAAACCUCCCAGCAGACCCAGGUCCUGAACAGGAUCAAUGAAUCCAAUGAAACAACUGGCACAUCAAACAGCACAGGCACCGCAACUGCCGACAACAAGGAGAACACCCAACCGACGCAGGCGUCCGAUGAGGGUGAAGUCUUCCGAGGUCGCAGAGUCAGUCAGUUUGACUUGCCAGCGAAGAAAAUCGAUGACUCGUCGAAGGAGGAAUCAGACACUGGGAAAAUCGACAACACUGAAUGUUCAAAGGCUAGUGAUAUUCAAAGAUCUGUCUCACAUCCGCCGACACAGAAAGAUUCAAAAUCAUCUUCUGAUGAAGAAGCCCCCGUACGCCGUGACCGAUCGGCCUCGAUCGGUGCCAUCCCGGUUGUAGAGCAAAAUCGCACGAUGGUAUUUCUGAUCGGUCAAAGCGACCUGCGGCUGAUCAGUCCCGACCGUAAGCAAGUUCUGCUGCACAAAGAGUUCCGUGACGUAGCCAGCUGCGCCCAAGGCCAGAAAAAUGCAGACCAUUUCGGUAUAAUCUGCCGGGACGUGAACAACGACGGAUACAUCGGAUACGUUUUCAAAUGCCAAUCGGAGAACGUGGCAGACGAGAUCAUCAUUGCUAUCUCACAGGCGUUCAUGGUAUGCUCGGAGCAGAAACAAAAAGACAAGGCAGCUGCGCAAAUCUACUCCUGUGAGCAUUGUCCUAUGCUGUGGUAUCACAAACUGUGCUCGGAUGUGGAGGGGUUGAGCGAUAAAAAGACACAAUACAUGAUUUUCAAGCGAAUAGAAUCUACACUGGCAGAGGACGAACAGCGGUUAGUCAUGGAGAAAUACCAUGGCGCCGAGAAAGCUCCUGGACACAGCAUUGGCGAGCAAAAUCAAUUUCUUAUGAUGUUACUGAGAGCGCACUGUGAAUCAAAGCAACAAAGACACGUACACGAUACGGUUGAGCAUAGAACUGAGUUUUUGAACCAAUACCUGGGUGGCAGCGGUAUCUUCAUGAAAGCCAAGCGUUCGUUGACCAGCUCUUUUGAUCAUCUACUGAAAAGACGCACAAGCAAAGAUGACCUAGGAGGCGUAUCUAUCAGAGACUCCAGCUCUUCUGGAGAUCUGAGAACUUCAAACGAUCUAGAGCCACAAUCAAGAUCUCGUGCAUCUACUAUUGGCUCGAGCCCUUCUUUGAGUCGGAAGAAUUCAGACUUCGGUGUUGCACCGAACGCUCCCCAACUGAAAUCGCCAAUGAUGGACAUAUUCAUAAAAGUGGGAAACAGCCCACGCGAGAACUCCAACCAUACCGGGUCGUGGAGACAAGCAAUGUUGCACCGCGUCGUCACGCCAUCAAAGAAUAUGAAGGUCUCCGGUGAUGAGUACAUGUCCCCGCUACGAGCUCCACAAGUGUGCAACAGAAGACGAACUCGGGAAGAGCUUCGCGAGCUGUGGCGCGUUGCCAUCAAGCAGACCAUAAUUCUCAAUCGGAUGGACAAGGAGAACGCCAGCCUACAAGCCCGGCAGAACGCUAUAAAAUCCAACGAGAUCAAGCGCAUCAAAUUGGAGUACGAUGAGAUUACCAGCUGUGAUAGGCAAGCCGCGGAAAUUUGGGACAAUUUCCUGAGCGCUCAAUCGACCGAGGCGGUGCAGACUCGAAAGGAUCCGAAGGUGCUCUAUCAAGCAAUCAAAAACGGAGUGCCACGUGCGAAACGGGGUGAAGUGUGGAUGUUCCUGGCCAAUCAGCACUCGUUCAACACGGCACCGGUGGAUGUUUCCAACUUCCCCAACUACCAUACACCAUACCAAACGUUGCUGAAAAGCUUGACCGAACAUCAGCAUGCAAUAUUCAUCGAUUUAGGCCGAACGUUCCCAGAUCACAAGUACUACAAAGAUGCCCUAGGCGUUGGACAACUUUCCCUUUUCAAUUUACUGAAGGCAUAUUCUAUUCUGGAUCCUGAAUUGGGAUAUUGUCAAGGAUUGGGAUUCAUAUGUGCAGUACUGUUGUUACACCUUGAGGAAGCAGAUGCAUUCAAUCUACUCAAGCAUCUGAUGUUCAAACGACAAAUGCGCGCCAAAUAUCUACCAGACAUGAAGCAAUUUCAACUGCAACUCUACCAGCUGUCCCGUUUGCUGAAAGACCACAUCCCAGAGCUGUACGACUGGUUCGAUCAGCAUGACAUCUCGCCUACACUUUACGCUGCACCAUGGAUUUUGACUGUAUUCAGCUCACACUUCCCGCUAGGCUUUGUAGCGCGUGUCUUUGAUCUUCUCUUCUUGGAAUCUUUCGACGUCAUAUUCCGCUGUGCAAUUGCCUUGCUGGAAGUUCACAAAGAGCAACUGCUGCAAAGAGAUAACUUCGAAGAGAUCAUGAACUAUCUGAAAACCGUUGUUCCGAAAAUUGAUGCCAAUGUAAUGGAGAAGGUUUUUCGGAAUGUGUUCAAGUCCGAUUUCUCUCGGCAGCUGAUCGAAUACCAAGUCGAAUAUAACGUGCUUAAGGAGGAAAUGACAUCACAGAAUCAUCACUUGGAGAACUUUAAUCGCGUUAAGGAGGAGAAUCAUCAAUUGGAAACACAAUUGCAGUUUGCUCAAUCAAGUUUAGCUCAACUGGAUAAAACGCGCCAAGCACACCAGAAUCAAAUUCAAACGCUCCAGACGCAGGUUCAGAGUUUAGAAAACACGGUACAGGUUCUAGUGAAGUUUGUCGAGCAAACCAUUGAAAGUAGACCUGAUUAUGUUCUACCUACGGAAAUUUGUCGAAUAAUGCAACAGGUUCAAGAUCUGCAGCAUCAACAGAUCAUUCAGCAAAAGAAACGAUCUCCAAUAUUCCUGGAUCGUAAAAUAGGAAAAUCUAUAUCAUUCAACAGCAAUUUAGGACUAGCGCUGAACGUUCUCGAAGAAGCAAACGAACAGGACAGUGCUGGAGGUACGCCAACGAAGAAAAAGCCUUUCUUCCAGAACUCGUUCGAGCAGAUUCGUCUUCAGAAAGCUGGGCUGCGCUUGAAUAAGCUGGAUGAAUGCACUAGUCCAGAACAUGUUGCUGAUCGGAGUGGUUCGAAGCACAACAGUGUUAGCGAUGAUAGUGGCAUCGCAACACCGAUCAGUCCACAGAUGCAUGCCCCCUCGACGACGCCCAUGGUAGCGGAAUAUAAACCAUUGGUUCCGACGAUCGACAUUCAUCCGCUAAGCGGCGAUGUCAAUGUACAGUUCAACGGAACGACUCAGCUCAAAUCUAUCAAGCCACGUGUGCAAUCCAGACAGAAUUCGGUCUCGUCAAUUGUGAGCGACAUCGGUGAGGGAGGGCCUGCCACCACCGGUGGGAACAAUCGAAGCUAACAACCAGCAGUCGAUCGCUAAGAUAUCAUGCUAGAAUAUGUCAGCAAUGUACGUGAAAUAUCACUUAUUGAAGCUCAACAGGAAGGGGGAACUGUUCGACAAAAAUAAGGUCGAUUUCUGCGCUGUAUUAAGCAAUUAACAAAUGAUGAUCAUAAAAUAUUCAUUCGAUUUUUGACGAGCACUAAUCGAAUUGACUAGAGUUAAAAGAUCUAUUGUAUCUUUGAAUACUGCUUUCAACUCAUUUGAUUAACGAAACAUCAAAUUUUGGAUUUCAAAUUGGUGUUAAAUUUACUGUUUCUAUCGUAGAUUUGUGAUAUCACAAAUCUUCUGAAUUCUGAUCACAAACGAUCAAUUUGACCAAUUUGAUUGUCGAACAGUACUCUCUCCUGAUGGAGUAGAAAUGAAUCCGAACUCAAUAGAAACACAAAAUUAAGCAAAUGCUUCUCAGACUUGCAAAAACAAACGGCUGAUAUAUUUUAACUGCUUGGGUAAACAGUGAUAUGUGGUACUAGUAGUAGUGUAAGUGUUUAGAAACCCUUUCAGUAUAAAUGCUUGAGCGGUGAUUCCAAUGAAUGCAGCUUCUCGAUACCCGAUAUAUAUGAAGGUACAAAUUAGAAAACAGCCCAAUUUGCUUCCGCAAUGUUGUCAAUCAUAUUUAUACCGUGUAAGAAAACUCGUAUGAAGUGACCACAAAAAUGUAUAACAAAACGUAGUUUGACCCAAUUACCAAAAAGAAAAAUGCACCAAGUAUCAUCCAUGUGACCGAUCCGGCAACAUAAAGGACUUAUACAUAAGAUUAUUGAAAUUGAAGAAAGCACGUAAAUUUUAUAUAACCAGACGCCAAAUCCAAGCUUGCCGCAGCACAUCUUCUUACAAACUAAGACAGAAACUCAACAGCAUUGUACAUAAAAGAAAAAUUCCGAAAAAAAAAGAUCAAUGUGUAAUCCAAAAUGCAUCACUGGCAGCACCUAGCUAUAAAAUAAUUAAAAGGUCAGUAGACGCGCUUAUUUCAGAAACUACUGAAGGAGGCAAUGUGGCACGAGCUGAAAGACACACCAAGCUUCACCAACAUGCAAGAGAAAGUAAAUUAUGUUUAAAUGAAGCUCCAAAGCUGCCCCCAUCUGGAAUCAUCAGGUAGUUUUAAGGAAGUGAAAAAAACGUUUACAAAUGUGUCUUAUUUCGAGCUUACCAUUCAGUUGUAUUGAAGUUCCAAGUUGGUUUUUGUUUUCUUUUUGUUAACUGUUAAUUUUAUGUUUAUCUUAUGGUUUUACGUUUUGGUUUUAUCGGAAUGGUUUGAGUACAUAAAUCAGUGAAAUGUAGCUUAGAGAAAUUGAUAUUCAAUUGUAUUCUGUUGAACAAUAAUAUACAAAUCGGUUAGAUUGAAAACGCGGUGUGUACUUUAGUAUAGAGUAAUGUAAAAUUAUAACAAAUGAAUAUUGAAGCAAGGAAGAUUACAUCCGAAUUAUAUAGCCAUAUGGAUAAAAAUAUACUACUGAUAUUAAUAUGAAAUAAAAACUGUGAAACCUGCAUCCAUAUAAUCAAUAAA